CCACCCCCUCUCUCUCUCUCCCUCUCUCUCUCUCUCUCAUGGCGACUCUUCUCCUCUCUCCGCCCACCACCACCGCGCUCUUCUCCCCCAAAACCCUAACCCUAGCGACCAGAACCGCCCCCGCCCCUCCAUCUCGAUCCAUUCGGGUCAACGCCGCAGCGAGCUCCGCCGAGCCGGAGAAGGCGGCGGCGGUGUCGCCCGCCCAGGGAGGCGGCGAUGGUGACGCUGCGGCGGCGGAGGCGCCGCCUCCUUCCUCCGGCUCCGCCGUCUUGCGGCCGAAGAAGCCGGUGUACUCUAUGAAGAAAGGGCAGAUUGUACGUGUGGACAAAGAGAAGUACCUAAACAGCAUCAAUUAUCUAUCCGUCGGCCAUCCACCUUUUUAUAAAGGGUUGGACUACAUAUAUGAAGACCGUGGCGAGGUUUUGGACAUACGAAUUUUCGAGACUGGGGAAUAUGCUCUUAUUGCUUGGGUUGGAAUUCCAACUCCCCCCGCAUGGCUUCCAACCGAUAUGCUUAUUAAGUCGGAAAAGCUUGACUAUGAAAGAAUUUGAUCUUGGAAGUACACUUGCGGGUGAUUCUGCAUUUUUCUGUCUCAUUUUUUCGCUUGGUCGGGGAUGCUCCAGAGUAAAUAUUUCACUUCGAAUCAUAAUGCAAUUUUUGCAUAUAGCUCUAUUUGUUCAUAAAUCAGAUAUAUUCCUUAAAAUAAAAUUUGCUUUGAAUCUGAUCUAAUUCGGUUAGUACCAUCUCUACUCAAUCAAUAUCUUCAUUGUAUCAGUGCUUAAUAUAGAUGUAUAGUUUGAUAUGCUCAUUAUUAUAUUACACAUAUAUAUUGUGUGUCUAGCUUUAAA